CUAACCUGGACAAUGUAUUUCGUACCCAAGCUGCCAAACAGAUCCUAAAUAUUCGUAGGGAAAGUUGAUGGAAUGAGCAGAUCUGUGUUGCAUCACGAGAAUUACACCAGAACAGAUACCUGCGAGUUUCCAAAAAAUUCAGGCGUUCUCACUCUCCUUUCUUGUUCAGAUUAUUUUGUGAAAGAACGAAAGAAAAAAUGGUUGCUCGGAAGUUCCUCCUUCACCAUAAUCAAUCUCUCUUCGACCUCCAUUACGAUACUGAAGAUGGCCUCGAAGUUUUAAAAUUCCAGAUUUUCUCACUAACUUCAGUUCCACCUGAUGAUCAAAAGAUAAUUGGAGGAGAGGAUCGUGUUAUAACUCAAGACUCAGAUCUCAAUUCAGUUUGUGAAAAGUUACAGUUAGUAACAGUCAAUAGCGACGAAGAAAACGUCAAACAAGAUGGAAGUUCUUCGUCUAUAUCGAAUUCUGAUGAAGAAUUGGCUCGGAUGUUGCAGGCGGAGGAAGAGGCGCUUUUCUUUCAGCAGUUCAGAGCCAACGAUAACAGUAGGCAGCAGUUCGAGGAUAGAGUUAGACCUUACGUUACACAGGCUCUCAUGUAUGAAGACCCAACACGCCAGCAAGCGGCUAGGAAGAUGGUUCCAGUGGAUGAACUAGAGGAGAAAGCACUGGUAUCUUUAGCCAAGGAGGGGAAUUUCAAACCUUCAAAAGCUGAACAAGAUCAUGCGUUCCUGCUGCAGUUACUGUUCUGGUUCAAACAAUCAUUCAGGUGGGUUAAUGCACCACCAUGUGAUGGUUGUGGUAGUGGAACUAUUAAUUGUGGUAUGACCAACGGACUGCCUUCCGAGAUCCAAUACGGAGGUUCUCGAGUUGAGCUUUAUAGGUGCAGCAGUUGUUCAAGAGUUACUCGUUUUCCUAGGUACAAUGAUCCGCUGAAGCUUGUUGAAACAAGGAGAGGACGUUGUGGAGAAUGGGCUAAUUGCUUUACGCUUUACUGCCGAGCGUUUGGUUACGAUACUCGUCUGAUCUUGGAUUUCACAGAUCAUGUCUGGACGGAGUGCUUUUCGCAUAGCCUUGGAAGAUGGAUGCACCUUGAUCCCUGUGAAGGGGUCUAUGACAAACCGUUGCUAUACGAGAAGGGUUGGAACAAGAAUUUGAGUUAUGUAAUAGCUUUUGACCAAAAUGGAGUGCAUGAUGUCACUAAACGUUACACAAGGAAGUGGCAUGAGGUUUUGACUCGUCGUAUUAUUACCACAGAAGAAAUUGUCUCUGAUGUUCUGCAUGAUAUUACAAAAGAACGUAGAAGAGGUCUUACAUCUCAAGCACUAUCAGUUCUUGAAGAUGUAGACAGAAGUGAAGCAGAAAAACUUGAGAGAGAUCUUCAUUCUCCAGAUGGUUCUUCAAUGUCACUACCAGGAAGACAAAGUGGAGCCAAAGAAUGGCGUAUAAGUCGAUCUGAAAUCAGUUCUGAUGAUAAUGAUUCAUUGAGUUAUUCUUCAUGCCCAGUCCGUACAUGUGUGGACGACCAUGUUAGUAAAACAUACAAUUCCUUUUCGGUUCUUAUCUCUCAUAUUGUCGACAGUGGUCGUUCGAAGUCGGAAACUCUUGAAACUCUCGAGAAGAUUAAAGGUAUCCUGGCGGAUCUUAGCAAUAGCUCAUUCAAAAUGAGGAAAACUUCCAUAAAGUCAGAAUCCAGUGUCUUAGAAGUUUUUGGGCCUCCAGUGAUGCCAGCUAUAGAAAAUUUACUUGCCUCUCUUUCCCUGAAGAUUGAGUUAAGCACAGAUGGAGAACUUUCUAUUUGCUUGGCUGGUGAUCCUGUCAAAACCUGUCUAGCAUUGCCAGUUGCAUUGGAUGCACUUGAUGACAUUAUUGAUAAUCUUGGCUAUAUUCAGAGCCUUGAUAAAGGUUCUUUAUCUUUACCACUAUUGAAGGUCAAUCGGAUAUCAUCUGGUUCAGUCCUUGCAAGUGGUGAAGAGUUGCCUUUUGGAAUUGUUACAUCUGCAUUUGACGGUACUCGCAAAACGAAAUGGGAAGAGCCAAAUGGUGCAAAAGGUUCUUGGGUUUUGUACAAAGUAGCUGACAGUCAGAUGCAUGAUAUUGAGGCUUAUGAAUUUAUGUCAGCCAAUGAUGCCCCAGAGAGAGAUCCAAUGGACUGGCUUUUUGAAGGAAGUAAUGAUGGAGGAUCCAGCUGGCAUGUCUUGGAUAAGCAGAACUCACAGUUUUUUGAAAAGCGCUUCUAUCGUAGAGCUUUUAAGAUUUCUUUAGUGGGUCAUCCAUCAAAUCUAUUCAGGUUUAGAUUCCUUGCUGUUCGAGAUGCUCAAGUAACAUCCCGAUUGCAAGUUGGUAGCAUUGACCUCUAUGCAAAAUCAAGUAAAGUAUGACAUCCUGGACACACCCAUGGUACUUCAAAUUGUUUGUAACAGUGGUGUAGUUUAGCUGUUCAUUUUUGUUAUAAACAUUUCCAUUUUCUCAGGCUGUGUGAAUAAAUACAGGGUAUAUAAUGGUGGCAUAUUAAUCUUAUUGAACGUACAAAUAAUAGAAGGAAAGUAGUGACUUGGGAGAAUACACGUUAGUUAUUGAUUUAGGGAACCCGAGUCCUAUCUCUCUCUCUCUGCAAGUCGUUAUAUAACUACGCUACGUGUACGAGUACAUGUAAUACGGCUUCAGAUUUAUAGAGUUUUCCCAGUUUGUAAGAC